ACACGCGGAUCGAUAUGCGAAACUAAAAAGUUUGAACUUUUUUUUAUAUUUCUACAUCUAGAUUUGAGCCAUCUGUUGCUUUAUCCUUUUAGCGUUUUUUGUUUUUUUUUUUGAGUAACAGUGUUUUAUAGUUAAAAGACCAAAAAAAGGAAAAAAAAAGGUAGAUUCUUUUAUGAUGUUGAUGUUUUCAAACGCUAAGUCUGUUGUUUUGAAGUCAUAGUCGUUUCGGUCACAUUGUUUCUUCACUAGAUUGCAAAGAAUGAGGAUAAAGAAUUUUAUGCUGAAAUAUGCUGUGAUGUGUAUUUUUUCUUUUGUGGCCGUAGAAUUUCUGGCUUCUCGAAUCCUUAGUUUUACUUGUGUGAGGACGAACUUUAACGAGUUAAAACCAAAUGCGCUUAAUGUUAAAAGAGUUAAUAGUAGUGUUCUGUUGGAUAGUAUCAAGAGAAGGACUUAUUUCACUCUACCGCCAAAGCAGCCCGCAGAGCUGUGUGUCCAAACAGAGAAGCGAAGUCUUCGACUUUCUAGGGAUGUUCUGGACAGAGUCUUAGAUGAAGGGUUCGGUGUUCGGGAUAGCUCUUUGAUAGGAGAGGAUAUAGAGUUAGAACCAGGGGAUGUCCCCACCGUGGCUCAUUAUGUGUGGUGUGGUAGUAAGAUGUUCAUGUUUGAGGACUACCUUGGCUUGCUGAGUGUGGUGCGCGUGGCUAAGCCCUUGAAGAUCGUGUUCCACUACAACUCUGUCCCCAGCGACCCCACCCGUUACCACACGUGGUUUGAAGAGAUGUCUCAGUCUCUGCCAAACCUGGUCAUGCAGCACACGGACAGGGUUCUGGGGUGCAACUCCACCGACGCCCUGGACUACGCCCUGGAGCAGCUCGCCGCCAGCUCCCACGGAGGGCUGUACUUUGGUGAAAGGGCCGUGCUGACGUACGUCCCCGCCCAGUGGAAGGUCGUGGACCGUAUCACGUAUACUCUCCCAGGGGCCCGCAGCAGCGAGCAGAAGAUCGUGUUCGUCCGGACAGGCAUCACGGACAAGGACACGACCCUCGAGAAGUUCAAAUCUGACGUCAUCAACGCGUCAUACGAAUGCGUGUCGUCGGAAAGGUUGAACGAGGCGAUGCGAAGCUCUUUGAAGUCCGAGUCUCUCUCUCCUUGCCUUGCUCUCACGGGUCCCCUGUAUCCAGAACACAUACUCAACGACAGCUCGCCUUUUGGGAAACUUGCUCGGAUGUUAUAUUAUGGAAAAUCGGAAAACCUUAACGCUGUGCAAACUCAGAACCCAGACGAGGUGAUCCCGUCCAUCAGUCACUUCAUUACAUUGGAUGGUGAGGACAACAAAGUGGUCAACUGGACAUUUAGCAACUACGCCAGCAUUCUGUCAGCGCUUUACAUUGGCGGAUUUCAAAGAGUCUAUGUCCAUGGGAACCAGAUACCUGCAGGUGAAUGGUGGGAUCGCUUAUCCCAGGAAAACGUCAGGUUUAUUCGUAUAGACAGAGCGGACACAGUCUUCAUGAACAGAGUGAAGGUAUUAGCUCACCAGUCAGACAUACUGCGCUCUUACAUCUUGUUAAAAUAUGGCGGGGUCUACCAGGACAAAGAUGUUUUCUGGACAAGCCCGCCCCCCGAUCACGUGAUGAGGUACCCCGCUGUCAUUUGCUACGACUGGCCCUGGUAUGACGUGUGGCCCCGCAGUAUCAACUUGGGCAUCAUGAUGGCGAGGCGUGGCUCCACCUUCCUGAGGAGGUUUCUCGAUCAUCUUUGGUACCACGAAGAUUCUUCUUGGGGUUUCAAUGGGAUCAUGAUGCCAUACAAAAUCUACGAGAGACAUCCUGACACUGCGUAUAUCUACACACGUCUGCAGGUCAUUUGCUUUUACAACAUCUGUCACCCAGCCUGGCAUAAGGAUUACUUGAGAAAGUUUGAUGAUUCAAUGAAACCCACUCAACCGUUUAAUUUUAAUGAUACAUUGACUUUGCACUUCACUGUACCAAAGAUUCUGCCCAACACAACUUUUGAGACCAUCCGAAAGGGAAGUGACGUAUUCGCCAAAUUUGGACAGUUUUUGAUAGAGAAGCUGGAAAAAGCGGGAAAGUGGCAUCUUCUAGAUAGAAAACUUUAGUACUUAGUUGACAAACGUAGUUUCAGCAAAAGUCAAAAUGAAAACAAAAUUAUUGGAACUUUUAUUUGAUUAAUUUUAAAACAAGCAUCAUGUGAAUUUUUUUCUUAACGAAACAAAGCAAAACCAAGAAAAAAGUUGUUUUUUUUCUAUUUAACUGACACAUCUAAUGCUCAAGAAACCUUUUUAAUUGUAUAGGGACAUUGGGGUUUUAUAAAGUAUAAAAGAGUUAUGUAUGGUUUAUUUAAUAGAAAUAAUCCAUAUUUUUAUAUAGCUGUAGCAUCAAUAAUAGUUCAGGCAUCCAUUAGAGCUUGGUGGAUUAAAAUUAGUAUUCCUAGUCUGCACCAGGAUUCAAACCUGCACCCCUGGUUUGGAAGCGAGGUGCUUUACCACUUAGCCACCGCGUGUCCUAGAUCAAUAGUACUUCAGUUUAAUAGUUUUUUUAAUAAAUCAACUUUAAAUGACAACAGAAACAUUGUAGUCAGAAAGAAAGGAGUUUCAUAUACUUUCUGACCAGUGGCUUAGCUAAGGAUUUGGGGGCCGUGGAUUGGGCUUGAUCUCUUUAGGGGCCCCUGCAUUUGACAUUUGACAUUAUGCCAUGAGAUAAUGACGUAAUAAUGAAUGUCAAAACAAAAUGUCGGACACUCAUGUGGAGACCCGGAGGGGGGGGGGUAUUCUCAAAAUAGGACCACCCUUCUCCACCUUAGCAACGCCACUGUUUCUGACUGAACGGCAAAUCAAGGUAGAUAGUACAGAUGUUAAUUAUAGCGUUUUGAAUUACAGGCAUAUACAUGAUUUCGGAGAGAGUCUAGGAAGAUAAAGAGCAAAAUGAUGGAUUAUUGCAAUUUGUUAAAAAGAGUGAGAGAGUAAUGGCUGUGACAUCGCCAUUGUGGUUCAUUUUGUCGAUUUUCGUAGGGAAAAGAAGGAAAAUGAUAUUGUUUCUAUAGCUGGAGAGACUAUUGAAAUAGUGCAAACCUUUAAAUACCUUGGUACUAUUCUAGACAAUAAACCAAAAUUUACUGCAAAUACUGAUUAUAUCAGCAUAAAGGGCAGCAAAGAUUACGAUUACUAAGAAAACUGUCCUCGUUUAAUGUUAGCGAAAAGGCCUUGGCUAUGUUUUAUCACGCUCACAUCUGCAGUAUUUUAAGUUUCAAUAUCACUGCCUGAUAUUGCAAUCUGAGCAUUAAAAAGAAAAAUAAACUAUAUAGAAUCCUAAAUGCUGCUGGUAAAAUCAUUGGCAAAAAACAAACCCCAUUUGGGCAGUUGUUUGAGACGAACAUCUAUAAAAAAAAAAGCUAACAAGAUCCUCGAAAUAAAGAAUCACCCUUUGUGUCAGGAUUCUUCUUUUUCCUAUGUUACCAAUUAUGUCUAUGUUACUAUGUUUAUCUAUGGUUAGUACCAUAUGUCUAUGGUACUAUAUAUGUCUAUGUUACUAAAUAUGUCUAUGUUACUAUACAUAUAUCCCUAUCGUUACUAUAAAAAUCUGUUACAAUAUAUGUCUUUGUAACUAUAUAUGUCUAUGUCACUAUGUAUGUCUAUGUUACUAUAUAUGUCUAUGUUACUAUGUUUAUUUAUGUUACUGUAUGUUACUAUAUAUGUCUACGUUAAGAUAUUUUAUUGCUUAAAGAAUGUUGACCGGAUCUAAAAACUUGAAAUGUAAACAAAGAACAGAUAACCGUAAUUUAAGAUUAUCGUGAACAUCCCAAAUAUUCAAGCACUUGACUACCAACAUCUGUCAUCAUCAGCUGGGGGAAACAACUCAAUCGUUCUCCCAAAUCUAAACGCAGUCCCAUGCAAAGAUAGACACUUGUUUCUACUUUAGAACUCUUUUGCAUUUAUGUAGCACAGAUGUGCUCCUUCUUUCUUUAUUCUGUUUUACAUACAUGAAAUAAUAAUGUUCUGUUUUUUAAAUAUUGGAAAUUUACAUAGAUGGCGGAAAAUCUAAAAGGUGUAUUCGAUGUACAACAUAAAGGUUGUGUUGAUA